AUGAAUAUCCAGACCCCUCCGCCGCUCCCGCCCAGCGUCACGGUCACCGAAGACGGCACGCUCACGACCUCUCCCAUCUCUUCGGAGUUUCCGAGCGGCCCACCAAAUUCGUCGGUCUCUUCUAGGUACAACGCGGCGGCACCCCUCCCGCCGAUCACAGCAAACCUCCUCGUACCGGACAACUCGGAUGCGGCGAGCGUGUAUAGCGUGGAGAGCACUACGGGUGGGAGGAAGCGUAAGGUGUGGACGAGGAAGGGGCGUAGCGGGAGCGGUAACUCGCAGACGAGCCCCACGUCCAGUGCGCUCUCGCUGAGUCCCAAAAGGAAAGGCACCUCAAGCGGGAUUGCAGGCGCAAUUGCCGCGUCUGGUUUGGCGAUGGGCAUGGGCAUGACACCCGUGCCUCCUAUGGACCUCUCGCAGCUCCCGCCUACGCCAGGGACGUCCUCCACUCUGUCGUCACACGGUCAUCGCCCGCGACGCAGUUCGGAUAUGUCGCGUGGGGGGCCGCGCUCGAGGCAGGCCAGCAUCAACAAUUAUGCUGCGAGCGAGUUCAGUGACAGGGAUAGCUAUCAUUCCGGCGACGAUGACCUGCUGGGUGGAGGGAGUGAUAUGGACGACGACUUAGAUCUGGAUGCGGAUGAUAUACCGGUGACCGGCUUCGCUGUAGCCAGCAACAAGCGGAACCAGGACUUCCAUGAGCUCUUCCCGACUGUGCCGGAAGGCGACUAUCUCAUAGAAGACUAUGGGUGCGCGCUGCAGCGGGAGAUCUUGAUACAAGGCCGUCUAUACGUGUCCGAGAACCACCUCUGCUUCCAUGCGAAUAUCUUUGGCUGGAUCACCGACCUAUGCAUCCCAAUGUACGACGUGACCGCGCUCGAGAAGCGUAUGACCGCGUUCGUCAUCCCGAAUGCGAUCCUGGUCACGACGACGCAGCAGAAGUAUACGUUCACGUCCUUCCUCUCGCGCGACAACACAUACGACGUGAUCUACAACGUCUGGCGCCUCGCGAGGCCGGGCGCGUCCUCAGCACUGCCGUCCCCCCGUGGCUCGCUCGAUAUACCUGACGGCGCGAGCGACAUUGGUGCGAAUAUCGUGGGCGUGAGCUCGAUGGUCGCCGUGAAGCCGAAGGUGUCGAUAUGUGAUUGUGGGCGCAAGGGCGAGCACUUCUCGGAGGUGGCGAUGGAGAGCAUUCUGCCUGGAACGCCAGAGAAGAUUUACAACCUGAUGUUUACGAGCGGGUUCAUCAAGGACUUCAUGACGCAGGACCAGAGUUUGAUAGACCUCCAGAUAUCCGACUGGGUACCCGUGACAGAAGGAUCAAAGCUGCUCUACCGCCAGAUGUCGUACAUCAAGCCGCUCAACGGCAGCAUCGGGCCCAAGUCCACCAAAUGCGAGCUCCGCGACGAGAUCGUCAAUCUCGACUUUGAUGACUACGUGACAAUGCUGACGACGACUCGGACACCGGACGUGCCCAGUGGCAGUGUGUUCUCUGUGAAGACGAAGACGUGCAUCACUUGGGCGAGCACUGUGUCGACGAAGAUUCUGGUCACCACUCAAGUGGAAUGGACGGGUCGUAGUUUCAUCAAAGGCAUCAUCGAGAGAUCGGCGAUCGAUGGGCAGAAGCAGUACCACAACGACCUAGAGGGCAACAUGCGGAAAUACAUCCACGAACACCAAUCCGAGUUCAUACCCGAAGGCGUCGACGUGGCCGCCGUUGAGAGCGCCGAGGCGCAAGUCAGCGAAUCGCCCCGCCCGAGCCUCGAGCAGCCCUCACUCAGCGAGGUGGAGCGGCGCAAGUCGCGCGAGUACGAGCGGAACCGCCGCGGGAUGCAGUGGGCGUACGACACGAUCGAGGGUGCGCUCAACGUUGGGAAGCAGAGCGCGUCGGGCGCAAUCGAGCUUAUCAGGGACGCGUGGGACCAGUCAUCGUCGACGACGAUCCUGUACUUCGUGAUCGCGUUCCUGCUCGUGAGCAACGCGUGGACGCUCUUCAUAGUCGGCAAGCGCGAGGAGGUCGGCCGGCGGAAGGAGCUGCGCCGCACGGAGGAGCGCGAGAAGUGGGUGCAGGGCGUCGUGACGACGCUCUGGGAGGAUCUGCUCACGACGAAGAGCGUGGCGGGCGGGAGCCCUAGCGGCUGGGCACCGCAGCAGCGCCCGCCGGGGGAGUGGAAGGAGGAGGUGGCUGAGAUGCGCGUGGCGCUGGACUCGAUUGAGCAGAGGGUGCUGCAAAUUAGACUGAGUCUGGACGCGUUAGACUGA